UUGACAGCUUUGGUGAAAAUGUACAAAGAUCGAAAACACUCACCCACGAAGAACCAUAUCGCACCAUUUGAAGUAGUCAUUCACAACACGAAACACGACUGUUGGGUUUCUUUACUGGGAAAAGUUCUCGACAUCACAAAUCUAAUCAAAGAAUUUGAAAACGAGAAAUGCGUUCGUCCUCUACUCGCUGAAGCGGGAAAGGACAUAAGCCAGUGGUUUGACGAAGACACUGGAGACAUUCGUACGUACGUCCAUCCCAUUACUGGAGCUAAGGUACCGUAUUGUCCACAUGGACCUUUACCUCAUGUACCACCGCAAGUACCCGCUACUUCUUGGAGACCCAUACUGUUGCCGUGGUGGAAAGACCCACAGUACGAGGUGGGUCCUCUCACAAAACGCGUCAGACCUUUAAAAAUACUGAACAUGUUAACAUGUCAAGAAGCCUACAUUAAUGUUUGCUGCGAAGAUACCAUAUUAAGGAUUACGGAGAGGUAUUCGAUAUUUAACAGGGACGGUUUAAGUUACACGUGGCUGUACGGCGAUAAACAGUUACACAUGGAUAAAAAUUUGGAAGAAAAUGGAGUCGUCGAUGAACGGGAUUCGUUCACUGCUUUAGGACUUCCUCAUAACACCCAUGUGCCUCUUCUUUAUAUUUAUUAUAACGAUGACUUCAAAUAUGAAUCAAUUUGAGUGUUGGUGCACCAUUCGUCAUGCUUCUAAUGUAUUAAAAAUAUUGCACCUUUAAUAGAAAUCCCUAAAAAUGUUAAUUGUUUG